AUGCCGAAUAUCUCCCAGUCCCUAGCCCCCGUCUACAAUUUUGUGAUUUCCGACAAGGCCGGGAAACCAACGCUGAUCACUCUAUCUUCCCUAGACUGUUUUACCUUCUCGCUAUCAACUGGACAAGCUGGGCAACAAACGACACGCUUUCAACAAGCUCUUCCAUCUCCCCUUUCGCGGUAG